AUGGUCUCGCUGCAGAGCACUCGUGACAAAUCCCUACACGACCAGAGACGUCGUGUUUGGAGCGGGGCCUUUGGGGACAGGAAUAUGCGGGACUACGAAAAGCGCAUGGCCCAGUAUCGAGCUCUCCUAGUGAAGGCAAUUGACGAGUCUAAGAAUAAACCAUUUGAUGUGACGAAGUGGUUCAACCUAUACACAUUUGAAGUGAUGGGCGAUCUCGCGUUUGGUGCUUCAUUUGGCAUGCUCGAGACAAGCAAAGAACAUGAGGCAAUCAAGCUGCUCAACUCGGGAUUGGCACCUUUGGCCUACAUGUUUCCCACGUGGUUCUUUCGGUUAAUGACAGGGAUUCCUGGAAUCGCAAGGGACUGGUGGAAAUUUAUCAGUUACUGUACCUCGCAGAUGGAGAAGCGUAUGAAGAUGAAGUCAAGUAACCCCGAUAUCAUGAGCUACCUCCUAAAACCUUUGAACAACCAAACUCCUACCGGACUUGAUUAUAUGUUGCUCCAAGGCGACUCGCAACUCGUUAUUGUUGCAGGAAGUGACACCACAUCUGCUACAUUGAUACAUAUAUUCCGAUUUUUGGUUGAGCACCCACAGCAUGUCAAUGUGCUCCGUACCGAAUUUAAGAAUUUGCCACGAACGGAACUUGGGGACUAUCAGCCCCCGGAUUUGGCUGAGCUGAAGCAUCUGAAUGGUGUUAUUAACGAGGCGCUCAGGUUGUUCCCCCCGGUCCCAUCGGCACUUCCCCGUGUCACCCCGCCAGAAGGUCUGACUAUAGACGGAACAUUUAUUCCUGGAAACACAACUCUAUAUUGUCCGCAAUAUGUGCUCGGUCGCAGUCCCGAGUGCUACCCCAAACCCGAAGAAUUCAUUCCCGAGAGAUGGUAUUCGCGUCCUGAUUUGAUGCAAGACGCGUCGGGCUUUGCUCCAUUUUCUGCAGGGCCUUACGGCUGCAUUGCCCGACCCUUGGCAUUAUUGAGUAUUCGAGCAACGGUUGCCCGUAUUCUUGUUGACUAUGAUGUCUGUUUGGCACCUGGGGUCAGUUUAAAUGAGUUCGAUAAGGGAUUGAAGGAGCACUUUACUCUUGCACCUGCACCGUUGAAACUGUGUUUCAACAAACUAUAG